CUAAUUAAUAUUCAUGAGCCAAGCCUUCAGCAGAGGAGGAUUGGCAAAUUCGUACCUGGUUUAAUCAAUCAGUAAGAACAAUGUUACGCUGUCUAAACGCGCUGUGCGAGUGUUUUGAAGAUAUUAUGUAAUAUUUAUGCACUUCGCGCUUGGCCAAGGAGAAUUUAAACGAACAUGGAAGAGGAAGCCUGCACCAAUUUCAAAUCCAUAAGGGCAAAGUUCCAGGAAGAGAUCCAGGUGAGGUACAGACCUGCGCUUCCUGAGAAACCCAAACGCCUCCCGACCUCUGCUGUAGGCCGCUCUGGUCUGAUAACCAUGAGCUUUUCUUCAGCUGUGGAAGCCAAGACCGCCAGUCAACCCCGGGUCAUUUUGAGAGAAGACCUGAAAACACCUUCAGGAAAACGCCCUGUAUCGUUCCCAAGCACAACAUCUGGAGAUGGGCCCAACAGGCAGUCACUUAAAAUGUGGCAUUCGCCCCUCGUGUUGCCGCUUUCAAGCGAGCCAAAGCAUGACUCUUCCGCACCUCCUUCAAAGAGCAUCACCUCGCCUCUUAAAUUCAUCAUGAAACCAAUUCCUACACCUUUCAGCUUGACUAGAGUUUCAGUGUGUGGCAGAGAAAUUGGUAAAAAUGGUCUGGGGCUUGUGAAAAACAGUGGUGCUUUUAAUGUUCAGAUGGAAGAGUCCACCGUAAAGACUGCAAGCACAGAAGCUGUGGAGGUCCAGCAGACUAUGGUGUCAAAUCCUGGAUUGCUGGAUCAUCCACCUUCGCCUAAUGAUUCACUGAGAGAUUCGUCUUCUGGAAGUGUUACUCAUUUCUUUGACCAGCAUGUCCUGAGCACACUAGAGAAAGCCAAGAGGAAGCUCUGCCACAAGAACCUGUUGGUGUGCGGCAGACCAAAAGGCUUCUACUCUAGUAAAGCACAGGCGCAGCUCGCAGAAAGUCCUGGAAGUUGUCACCAAGAGACUUCUCCAUUGAAGAUUAAUGCAACAUCAAAGACUGCCAUCACUGUAAUGGAGCAUGGUGGAGUCAUGCAGUCUGAGAAAGCAUGCAAACCUCUUCCUGAUCUGGCAACCCUAGGCCCUUCGCCCUCAAAGCCUCCAAGACCCCCACAUGUGGAUCUGAGCAAAUAUAAGACUGGAUCUCACACCAGUGACCCAAGCGAAGCACUUACUGUUGAAUCUGCACCCGAGGCUGAGAUUGUGGCCACUGCUAAUGCAUCACUCGAGGACGCAAGCGUACCUCCCCCCGAAUUUCCAGAUUUUGACAUUUCUGCACCAGAAGCCACAGACAGUAAUGGCAUAAAUCUGGCGGCCCUAGAUUUAGAGGCCACUGAAUUUCCAGGGUUUGAUUCGUUGCCUCCACCUCCUCCACUGCCAGAUGAAGACGAUGGCCUGCAUUUACAGGCUGUUUUGGUCCAGCAUUGUCCGAGUCAUUUUGGUCCAAAGCAGUCAGAAGACGCUCUGUGUCAGUCUUUAGAGGACGCAGGAAUCUUGACGUCUGCUACAGAACCAGUGACCUUUGACCUGAGAAUAAAUGGAUCGCACGCCUCCUUCAACCUGAGCGCUGAACACCAACUUCCAUCAGAACCAAUGCAAAAUUCUUCUCAACAAAAGCGUUUCCACGAAACCUUUGAUAAUGUUUAUGAGGAUGUGGAAACAGUCCCCAGGUUCUCUUUUGCUCAGAGCUCUUAUAAGUGUAAAGGGGCUCCUAAAAAUCCGUAUGCCGAUAAUGGCCAUGUGAAAGAAGAAACAUGGAGGAAUAUUUGGCACGUCACUCAAUGGUCUAAUGCAGCUGAAGAUCAAAAUGGCCAACAUGAUAGAAAGAAGCUGAGCCCUGAACAUCAUGAGGAUAAAGAGCAGAAGAAGAAAGAGAAGCAGCGUCUGGAGAAGGAGAAGAAAGAACAGAAAGAGAAGGAUAAAAAGAGAAAUGAGAUGCACAAAAGAUUUAAAAUCACUGGACUGGAAGAGCCCAUGUAUCACGCCAGAGUGUUGGCGGACAGCAAACUGCGAAAGUACGACCUGCCCGUCAAAAGUGGAGAUCUCAUCAGCAUCAUCCGAACGGUCAGCUGCCCCAAGGGCAAAUGGCUAGCCAGAGACGCCAACAACAAAUAUGGAUACAUAUCUGUGAUGAAUGUGGAGUUGAACAUUAAGGAGAUGCUUGAGCUCGGAAAAAAGGUAUCACAGGCUGCCGGCCGAGGCCAAACCAAUGGAGAUGACCUUAGUGUCAGCAGCAGGUCCUCUCAUCAGAAUCCUGUGUUUACAAGUAGCUUCACUGAUGACAGUGAAGAAUGGAUGUAUGAAGAUGACACGUUGUCGCUAUCAGCUGAAAAUUUGAGUCUGAUCAAAGCUACCUCUAUGCCUGAGAUGUUUGAUAGCAACUCUUCUGCUCAUCAUCCUUCCAGCGACUGGAGUAUUGAAGACAUGCAGACACAAGAGGCAGAAAGCUUCCAGUUUGCAGACAUUGAUCUUCUGCCUCCUCCAGCUCUUUACGCCGACUCUCUGUGAGCCUGUGUGCAUCAAGGACAUCCUCAUUUCUUCAAGAAGUGUUGUUUGAAAACUAGCUAUCUAGCACUGGCCUUUAGUCUUCAGAUCAUCAAAUCAGACUUAAUUCUCAAAUACGACGAGAACAAAUGCUUCAGCGGUGGUAGAUUGAGGAUGAAUAACAGACAAUGCCAGCUUAGGGGUUUUAAUGAAAUGGGGGUGUGGCACUUAUUCAUUUGAACUGUUAAAUUGCAAAAUUGAAGUCAUUUUUUAAGGCAUUGAGAGUAACUUUAAUUUUGCGUAUGCACCUUUAAGUUGCUUUUUUUUCUUCGUGUGGGAACAUUGGAAGUUGGUGGUUUGAUUACAUGUUUGCUUAAUAAUGAACACACAACUUGAAUGGAAUAAAUGGAUCUGAAUACAGCAGUGAGCCUGACCACUUUACUCCACUUAAA